AUGAUAGAUUUUAACAAACGAGCGUUUUGCCAUUUUACACUUAAAGAUAUUUUAAGAAUUAUAUCUUCAGUUGCUAUACCCAUAGCUCUUGCUAUUUACACUGCAAUUGGAUCUCAACAACAAAAACAACAAGCUGAGAAAAAACAAAAGUUUGAUUUUGAACAAUCAAGAGAAUUAAGACAACAAACACUUUAUGAUGAAUUUUUAAAUAAUAUUUAUAAAUUAGAUAAAGAUGGUUAUCUCAAUGACACAAAAAAUCCAUGGGCAUUUGCAAAUGCAUAUUAUCGUGCUGCUCAUCGUCAAUGGGAUACAAUACGUAAAGCAGAUGUUUUACAAUUUCUUAAAGAAAAGCAAUUAAUUGGUAGAAAUAAUUGCACUGGUGGAUGUAGAACAACAAAAUUAGAUGAUAUAAUCCGAUUAAAUGAGUUAAAUUUUGAUAAUGUACAGCUAGCAAGUCAAACUGGCGUAUUAAAUCAAUUGAAUUUACAGUGUGUGUCUUUUGAUCAAGUAUCAAUGUCAAAUGCAAUAUUUUCAUUUGCUAGUUUAAAUGGUGUAUCAUUUGAUGGAGGACGAUUAGAUAAAGUGAAAUUUGAUGGUUCAUCUUUAGCUUGUGCUAGUUUUAAUGGUGUAAAUCUAUCGGGUGCAGAUUUUGGAGACUCUGAUUUGGCCGGUGCACAUUUCUCAAACAGUGAUUUGUCAGGAGCUAAAAUAACGGAAGAUCAAAUAAACCAGGCAUCUUUUGAGAAUGUAAUUAUGCCAAACGCAAAGAAGAGUGAAAGUAGAUCCUCAACGACAAUAAAAAAACCUAUAACACAAACAACAACAAUGAUAAAAACAAAAAUGUCGACAACAACAUCACCGAUACCAACGUCGUCAACAACAACAACAAUAACAACAACAACAAUAACAACAACAUCAUUGUUAUCAUCAACAACAACGACAACAUCAUCAUCAACAGAAACAACAUCGUCAUUAUCAACAGAAGCAACAUCAUCAUCAACAGAAGCAGCGGCAGCAUCAUGGACAACAAUAUCUACUGCAGCUUGUAAUAGUACAUUCCUUAAUCAAACUAUUUACUCAGUUGGUUCAAAGCCAUAUUCAGUAGCAGUAGCCGAUGUGAAUAGCGACAACAAGCUCGAUAUUGUCACUACAAACAGUGGUUCAGGUACCGUCAGUGUUCUUCUUAAUAAAGACAACGGCAGUUUAUCUUCUCCAACUAGUUAUUCAGUUGAUACGGAUCCCCGGUUAGUAGCAGUAGCCGAUGUGAAUAAUGACAAUAAACCCGAUAUUGUUACUGCAAACUUCGGCUCAAAUACCAUCAGUGUUCUUCUCAACAUCGGCAAUGGUACUUUUUCUCCUCAAAUUACUUACUCAGUUGAUAUGGAGCCACACUCAGUAGCAAUAUACGAUGUGAACAAUGAUAAUAAAUCUGAUAUUAUUACUGCAAAUUUCGGCUCAAAUACCAUCAGUGUUCUUCUCAAUAUCGGGAAUGGUACUUUUUCUCCUCAAGUUACUUACUCAGUUGAUCAAGGUCCAUCCUCAGUAGCAGUAGCCGAUGUGAACAGCGACAAUAAACCCGAUAUUGUCGUCGCAAACUAUAAAGCAAAUACCACUAGUGUUCUUCUCAAUACAGGCAAUGGUACGUUUUCUCCUCAGGUUACUUAUUCGGUUGGUUUACUACCAUAUGCAGUAGUAGUUGCUAAUGUGAAUAACGACGAUAAAAUCGAUUUUGUUACUGUAAAUGAUGAGAAUAACACCGUCAGUGUUCUUCUCAACAUCGGCAACGGCACUUUUUCUCCUCAAGUUACUCACUCAGUUGGUACGAAUCCACGGUCAAUAGCGGUAGCCGAUGUGAACAGCGACGAUAAACCCGAUAUUAUCACUGCAAAUUUCGGCUCAAACACCAUCAGUAUUCUUCUCAAGACAGCCGACGGCACUUUUUCUCCUCAAACUACUUGCGCAGUUGGUUCACAACCACAUUCAGUAGCAGUAGCUGAUGUGAACAAUGACAGACAGACUACACAACUUCCUAAUUAUUCUUGUAGUGAAAAUAAUGUUUCUAUUCAGUUUACAUUAUCUUCAUUGUCUCAUUCCGCUUCGAAUCCAACAUCAAACUGUUUUGUACAACAAUGUAAUGCAAACUUAACUAAUAAUAAUAACGAUGAUUGCCGUUCAUCAUCAACACCUUGUUUUGAUUAUCGAACAAUAAAUAAUAUUAGUUAUUGUGCACCUGCUAUUUUAUGUUCAAUAUUAGAAACAUGUGAUAAUAUUACACAAACAUGUUCAUCUAAUAAUUCAAUAUGUGUUAUUAAUUCAUGUUGUUCACCACAAGCAGUAUGUUUACCAUUCUUAGCAACAUUUAUGUGUAAAACAGGAUGGUUUUCUACUCCCAAUAUAACUGAUGCACGAGAGUAUCACACAGCAUCUGUAUUGUCAAAUGGAAAAGUAUUAAUUACUGGUGGAAGUAGUAUUGGUCGUGAUUUAAAUAGUGCUGAGCUGUAUGAUCCGUCAACAGGUACAUGGACAACUACUAAUAACAUGA